AUGUACGCGACUCCCUCUCAAGAUACCGAAUCAUCUGCGCGCAACACCGAUACCUCUGCAAACAGUAGUACCCAGACUAUGAUCGACCAGUCACCUAUCACCUCAAUCGAUGUUGAAUACAGCACAAGUCAAACAUUGGCCUCUCAGCAAGUUGAAGUGGAGCAGCCUCAAUGCAUGUCAAAUCCAAUUUUUUUCAUUUACUUUGAUCCAGCUUCAGAAAACCAAGUGGCCACGUUGAAUGAAUCGGAUCAAUAUCCUCAACUUCAACAGCUUCGAUUAUCUUCUCCCACAGCCUCUCCACUCGCAUUCGAUCACCGGCUGGGGAAGCGUUCUGGAUCUGAAGAUUUGGAUUUGUUACAUCCAUCAAAGCGCAGAGGAGUUUGUAGGUCAAAUAAUACGCUUGAUGUUUCAAUUUUUGAUCCCCUGGGUAACAGAUAUGAUGUAACAGGUCCAACAGAAGCCAAGACUCCAACUCGAGAACAGUCCAAGAUGACUCAAACCAGAAAACCAUCAAGAAUGUUGUCUUCCCAAGCAACCGCACCAAUCAUUCCUGACCAGCAUGACAAUAUGUCGGUUCCUUCCUUUCAAGCGUCAACCAGCAUCCACGACACCAAGAAGGAGCCUGAGGUGUCCGACCUCAAUUCUCAGCAACAAUCUACUCCCUCGAGCCAGACAGCUAGUGAUGGCGUCUUUCAAACUGAGCCGCAAGAAAAAAUUGACAUACACAAUCUCGAAGAGAAAAUUUCACAUCUUGAAAGCUCAAUCGACACAUUGAUGACCCUCAUCAAGGAAAAGAUGUUUCAGCAUACGGAACAAGAAAGAAAGAACGCUGCUAGAUUUGAGCGCCAAUCAAACCUCCUUGACAACGCCAACAGAGAAAUUGGCUUACUUAAGUCCAAGGUUGAAGAUUUGGAAAGCAGCGUGAUAGAUCUAGAGCAGGAAAUGACCUCUGCGCACUCAACACUAAGAGUGCAUGCAAGAAUAAUCCGACGUAUUUCAGGACUUCGAUCUCAUGAUUUUGAAGUAGAAUACGAUCAAGACUCUGAUUCGCCUGAUUCAUUUAUUUUAUGA